AUGGUACACCUUGUGGCUGCACCAGAGACAAUCACGGCAAGUGGCUGUGCUUGUGUCUUUAUCGACACCAUCUUUCGACUUCAUGGGUUUCCCCGUGAGCUCGUAUCAGACAGAGAUCCACGAUUCACUGCUGAUUUCUGGCGUUCCGUGUUCAAAUCACUCGGAACGCGCUUGAAGAUGUCAACAUCUGAUCAUCCAGAGUCAGAUGGUCAGACGGAACGUGCCAAUCAUGUCCUAGAAGAGAUACUUCGAGGAUACGUACACUCCUUUAAGAGUUGGAGUGAGUUUUUGCCAAUGGUAGAGUUUGCCAUUAACAACUCGGUGCAUGCGUCCACGACACAUACACCGUUUUACGUGAAUGGCUUGCGCCAUCCGCGUGUACCCACCUUACUAGAGUGUAACUCUGGUUUAAGGGGGGGAGGGACUCGCGCGAAGAAAAACCGAUUUGGUUCACGCUCAUCACGCUCUGACGAAGAAGUCAUUGCGUUUGAUGCCGAUAUCGAUGACAUCGAUAUCGAAGAAGAUGAUGCCAGUGAGAGUGCGGAAGCCCCCACUGAAGAAAAGGUUGAUGUUGCUGCAGUGCGCUCAUAG